AUGAAAUUAAAAGGUGCUUGUCCUGAUAAAAGAUUACCUAAGGGAAUAUUAUCAGCUGGUAAAACUGCAAUUACUGAUGCUCUUGCUGAUUUUAAUAUCGCAAAAACUGCUGACAUAGUUAAUGAGAAAAUGCCAUCACAAGCUUAAAUUCCUCAACAAUCUGUAUCAAUAAAGAAACCUAGUAAUACUGUCUAAAGUAAGAAGAAAUGAGAUGUUUUCUAGGAAAUAUAUAUAAAAUAUACAAAUAUUCAUUGUUUAUACCAAA